AUGACAUCGGAUGGUCACAUAGGCAUUGAUCUUAAUGAUGACAACGACGAAAUCGAAGAAAUACGUCCGCCUCCUCAUCCCAUGGGAGGGGACAAAGAAAAAGAUCGAGCAAAAGGUAAAGGAAAAACGACAUCUUUAAAUUCGUCGGUCGGAACCGAGAGGUCAACUAGAUCGGUAGAAAUGAUGGCACAAAUGACACAAUGGAAUACAACUUUGGAGAAGCAUAUGACUGAAACCGUCCGCCUCACAGAAUAUUCAUUGUUAAUGCAAGACGUGAGACGCCUCGACCCCGAAGAUCAGGAGGCGGCUAAAGCGGUGAAGGAGUCGAUUCAAGAAAAGUAUAAUCUAAAAUGCAAAUGA